AUCUUCCCACCGACUGCAUUUCGUCUCAUGUUCUUAAACCAAGCAAGUGUAUUUAGAGGCGCGAGCAGAAAAAUCAAAAUUUUGGUAUUUAUGACAUAAGAAAAUGGCAAUCGGUGUAGUUCCGGGGUCGUCAACCGCCCAUAAUAACAAUGACAGUGAAAGCGAAAGUUGUAAAACAUCUAAAACUUGGCAAAAUUUAAAAGAUACACGAAUAUCAAAUUUUCGGUUAAAACAUAUUGUUAGUGUGUUAGUAUGUGCCCUGGGUCUAAUGAUGAUUUUAAUUACUAUAUUCAUAAUUAUUCUGUCGGUGAGGGGCAAUACAACUUCAAAAAGUACAAACGUCGCAGCUGAAGAGUCCAUGUUAGUUGACGACUCCGGAAAUAAGCCGAAACUCCCCGGGAAAGUCAAGCUCGUUUCCCGCCUGGAGUGGGCCGCACAACCCCCCGUGGAACCCGCCACACCCCUCCACACCUCCGUGCCAUACGUGAUAAUCCACCACACACAAACCGAGAACUGUUCUUCUCAAGCCCAAUGCGUCCUCCAGGUUCGCUUCAUCCAAACCUACCACAUCGAAAGUCGCGGUUGGUGGGACAUUGGCUACAAUUUCCUAGUUGGAGGCAACGGCGAAGCCUACGACGGCCGGGGUUGGAAGUCCGAGGGGGCGCACACUUCCGGGUACAACGCCCAAAGCAUCGGAAUUGCCUUCAUUGGGACUUUCGAUCGUUACAAACCGCCUGAGAGACAAAUUAGAGCUUGCAAGCUUUUGAUCGCAAAAGGGGUGGAGCUGGGCUAUAUUAAGAAGGAUUACAAGUUGCUGACGCCGAGGCAACUCCAGACUACGAAAAGUCCGGGGGAUGCGUUGUAUGAGGAGUUGAAAACGUGGGAGCAUUGGGCCGAAAGUCCGUAAGGUAGCGCGAAAGAACUGAUAUUAAGAAAUAUUUGUAUGUGGCUCAGAGAUACUUGUUUAAAAUCUGUAACAUAAAUACUAAUAAACGGAAACACUUUU